CAUCUCCAAAUCACAGCCAGAGAAGUGUAGAGCACGAUAACCGGGACCGUGCCUCAAAGUUUUCCCCAUCGCCCCAAUCCAGGAUCCCUCACCGCCAAUCGAGCCCAAGAUCUGCUCGGAACGUAUCUGGCUACACCCCUCAUAUCAUUCCCACACAGCCACAACCAAUCCAACCCUCUCUCUUCACUUCCACCCGAGCAUGCAACACGUCCACAGCCCCAUCCAUCGGAACAACUAAUAUCCGCAAAUCCCUCCCCGGCUUACCGCUACCGGCCAGGGGAUCCUAAACUAGGAGUUGAAUUCGAGGGGAAAUGCUGUGAACGUCGUGUUCCUAGGACUGGCGGCCUGAUGGUGAUGGGGAAUGGGGAGAAAGAGGGCUCGAGUUGGGUAGUGUCACCACUCUGCUUUGGCGAAGCUACCAUCAUUCUGUACGGUGCACGGGUCUUGUUCAAAGUGUCAAGUUCACUGGUAUCAUGCCACAAGACCUCAACUAUCGAACAGAGAGGGAACUACUAAUCUUACUGACUUUAUCACAAAAAAGCGGGAUAUACGAAUCCCCCAAUACCUAUGAGUCACGGUGUCUACAGCGCGAAUUACCAAGCGGGCAAUCUUGCAAGCCCGGUGAAGCGACGCUGUAAAUUACCAGAGACGAUGACUGAUCAUGGGCAGAUACCGUCUACCGGCCGAGUGAACGCAUAUACCGAUAUCCAUGAGGAUACCACGGCAACAAAACGCAGUCCUCAAUGCACUCACAAAAUCUCUCACAAACCGUCCCGCCUGACCCCGUCUGAAGCGAGAAUUCAACCCUCCCCACCGCCCACAACACCGCACCACCCCAAAUCUCGAAUCACCAACUACCACCCACCUCACAUUUCCGUCAUGGCACAAACACCCCAACAGCGCAAAGCGAAUGAAAAGUUCGCCAAACGUGAAGAGGCCAAGCGCGGCAAGCCCGAGAAGUCGGUCAAGAAGCAAAAGUUCAAGUCGCCGAUUUCGCAGGGUUGGUUGAUCGUUAUCGGGUUCGCUGUUUUCGGAGGUAUCGUUUUUGAGCUUAUUCGGAUGUUCUUUUGAGGUGGGAUUGGGAUUGAGAGUUUGGAAGGGGAAGGAAGGGGGGAGGCAGCGGUUGAAAAGGAUUUUUAACUUAUCAUCCCUUUGAAUAAUUUGAAUUGAGGAGUGUGUGUGCGCGCUGUAGUCUGUAUGAUACAGCCGUUGCUGGUUUGCAUUGAGAGUUUCUAUGAGCGAUCGUUUAAAAUACCAUGAAAAACAGGGGUCUAAGUUUACUCGUAAAAUACCAUGACAUACCUUGACUGGAGGGGUAAACUUGGACCCAUGGUCUCAGAGGUCAGCACAAGGGAGGUCUUAACACCACUUUUGCUAGACAUUUUC